AUGUCUACCAUACCGGCGCGCCUAGCGAGGUCAACCAAAACAUCGCUCGACAACGCAGAGAGGCGGCGUAGGGUAUUAUCCCUGUACAGAGACUGGUACCGAUCGACCCCAGAAAUCGUCGCAAUAUACUCUUUGCCCGUAUCCCCAGCUUAUGUACGACAUGCUAUCCGCCAGCGUUUCGAGAGGAACCGCUACGUAACGGACCCGAAAGCAAUCGACGUGUUGGUGUUGAAGGACAGGCAAGAUUAUCAGGAGACGAUGAAUUGCUGGAAACAGAUAGACCACGUUAUGGGUAUUUUGUUGGAGCCUCAACAAAGACCUCAAAGGACGUUCUUGCAAAAGUUCUAUGAGGGCAGAGAUGAGGAAGCCGUUGUUCCCGCUGCUUCUGGUAUCUAG